AUGGCGGCGGGGCGAUCGGGACUGACUUUUGCGACGGGGAUGCGCGGGCGAGAAGCCCCCCCUGUGCCAUCACUGCUGCAGCUGUGUGUGGGCGAGGUGGGGCGCUACCUGCCUCACCUGCUCCGCAUGGACAUGGACGCUCACGAAUUCGACUUGAGGGGAUUUGUGGCGCUGCUGCCCCCCCACGCGCGGCUGGCGCUGACAGCCAUUGCGAGGCGCCGAGGGCUGCUUUUUGAUUGGCUGCUGGAGGCGCUGGUGGAUGACACGUGGCACAGUGUGGACUUGCGUGGGUCCGACGUGUCAGACCAAGGCCUGUGCCAUGUGGCACAGACCUGCCCCAACCUUGUAGCUUUAGACAUCAGAGAAUGCAAUGCCGUGUCACUGCACGGCCUCACACUCCUCCUCAAGGCCUGUCCCGCCUUGCAGCUGCUGCGCCUGGGGGGCUCCCCUGCUUGCAACAAGGUCGCAAGAGCAGCAGUCAAGUGGAUGCUACCGCAGCAGCCUGUAAGGGGUACAGAAGGUGCAGAGAGCGCAGAGGCAGGAGAGGAGGAGGUGGAGGGGGAGGGGGAGGGGGAGGGGGAGGGGGAGGGGGAGGGGGAGGGGGAGACAGCGCAAGGAGAGAGGGAGGGGGGGGAGGGCGGGUGGGAGGGCAGUUGGGAGGAGGUGGAGGAGCGACUGGAGGAGAGGGUUCCUGCCAUGCGGUGGCUCAUCUGGCCUGAGGCGGACCCCAACACAGCAUCACUGCUCGCCUCCAAGUGCCCUUGUAUCCUCCUCAACCCCGCCCCGCCCUCUACUCCUCCCCCCCACUCUCUGCCUCCCCCUUACUGUCACAUCCCCACUACUCUUCCCUCCUCUGACCCGUCCAUUCCUCCUAACCUCCCCACUUCCAUCCCUGCCCUCCCCUCUGCACUCCUCUCGCGCACCUCCCUGCAAGCCUUCCCGGCUCUCCCCCUCGACGCCCCGCACCUGGUCGGUAUCCCCCCGGCAGUGUGGGAGAGGGGCGCUGGCGAGGACGAGGAGGAGGGGGAGGAAGGCGAGGAGGAUGGGGAGGAGGGGAUAAGAGGAGAGGCGGAGGCAAGAGGGUGGAGGAGAGGAUUGGCGAUGGAAGGAGCACGAGCAAAGGUGAAGUCAGGAGCAGAGGUACCACAAGAGGUACCACAGGAAUCAGAGGCGCCACAGGAGUUGUCGGUAGCGGAGCGGUUCAGGCUGGCGUUUGUGGCGCGCGAUGAGAGGCUGGCGCCCAAGCGCGCCAAGAACCAGCGCCAGAGGGAGCGCCGCGAGGGGCGGGACCGCGCCGCUGCUGACGUGGCGCUGCGGGCGCGGCUGCUGGCUGGUGCUGCCACUCGAUCGCUGCGGCUGUGA